UGUAUGUGUGGGGAUAUAUAUAUGUAUCAUAGGUAUACGUUGUGUGUGGGCAUGAAUACAUGUGAAAAUGUUCACACAGGUGAGUGUGCUAGUGUGUGUGUGGCUAUCAGAGGAUAACCUCUGGUGUCUGAUAACCACCCAGACAACGGUGUCUGUACUUGUCUCUUUGUUUGGAAAAGUGUCUCUUUUGUGGAUUCUCCUUUCGGCAUCUCCCAUCACCACAGAUGAGCUAGGAUUACAGAUAGUCCUGUGCCCAACUUUUGUUUGUUUUUUUCUUUCUUUCUUUUCUUUUCUUUUUUUUUCUUCGGAGCUGGGGACCGAACUCAGGGCCUUGCGCAUGCUAGGCAAGCGCUCUACCACUGAGCUAAAUCCCCACCCCCCCCUGUGCCCAACUUUUACAUAGCUUCUGGGUCUUCAUGUUGGCAUGGCUUUACCCAUUGAGCCAUCUCCCUGGGCCUGGCUUUGCUUUUUCUUUUUUUCUUUCUUUCUUUUUUUUUUUUUUUGGUUCUUUUUUUCCGGAGCUGGGGACCGAACCCAGGGCCUUGCGCUUCCUAGGCAAGCGCUCUACCACUGAGCUAAAUCCCCAACCCCUGGUUUUUCUUUUUAAGUGUUAUUAUAUCUAUUUGUAUCACGAACAAGUUCACUUAUCAGAGGGCACUCGGAGUGCCACAAAACACGUGGAGGUCAGCGGAGAACUUGGGGGAGUUGGUUCUCUUUCUACCACAUAAAGUUCAAACUCAAGUGGUUAGGGUAGGCGGCACAUGCGUGCCCUCACCCCCUGAACCACACUGACUCUGGUUCUGGUUUGUUAGAGCAUUUCUUCUAGCCCAGGAACUCCUGCUUUUCCUGCCCUCACCUUUCUGAAUGCUGGGAUUUCAGACACAUGCUACUGUUGGGAAAAGAAUGCUUGCGUUCUCUCUCUCUCUCUCUCUCUCUCUCUCUCUGUCUCUGUCUCUGUCUCUGUCUCUGUCUCUGUCUCUCUGUCUCUCUCAGCAUCCCAAAAAGAAACACACAAAGGGAAAGUAAUUCAGCAAGGCAAUUUCUUUUUUGCAAAAUGGGUCCACCACAACACAAACUGAGCGAGUGUGCACAUACAUCCAAAAUGGCUUCUGUUUUCAUUCUUGCUAUAGAUGGUAAAUUCGUUUCAUUUACCAUUGGUGAGAGCUGAAGUUUAUAAUCAGAUGGGAAUGGCUAGUCAGCACAAAGGGGAAGGGAGUUCCAGAAAUAUAAGCUAGAAAUAGAAAACAGUGUAUUUCAUACCACCAUGGUUCUUUUGGGUUUUGAAGGGUGAACUAGGUCCACAUAGAGGUUAGACUCUAUGAAGAAUAGAGAUGGAUUAGCCAAUCCUAGUGGUCCCAAAUAAACACUACAAGCUGGAAAGGAGGAAGGAGUGUUAAUGCAGCAUCUGAGAAGAGCUAACCCAGUGAGAAGGUGUUGGGAAUUUCUGGGAAGAAGCUCCACAUUGUAUCGCUGAGCUAUUAUCCGCGGGUCUUCUCAGAGACCUUUUAAAGACAAGACCUCGCUAAGUUGCCUCAGACGGACUUGAUUGAAAUCACUCUGUAGCCCAGAAAAGCAUUGAACUUGUGCAUUAGCCUAUGAAAUAAUUACAGUUCCGAGCAGCCAUCGAUUUGACUGACUCAAGGCUUUUAGAGCUAGAGAUUCAAAUUCAGGAAGAGAUGUGGAACCGUGCUUCUUCCUGUUCAACACCAUUGUUAUGGAUUCAUGCUUGAGACAUGUACUAUGUACAUGUACUGGGGAGGCAGAGGCAGACUGAACUCUAAGUUUGAGUUCCGCUUGGCCUACAGAGCGAGUUCUAGGACAGCCAGGACUAUACAGAGAAACCUUGUCUGGGGAGACAUCUGCUGUCUUAGUUUCUUUUUCUGUUGUUUGGUAAAAUAUCUUGACAAACACAGCUUAAAUGAAAAUGAUUUUAGUUCACAGUUGAAGGGUGUAUUCUAUUAGGGUGGUUAAGGCAAGGCAUCAGGAGCUUGAGACAAGUGGUCACAUGACAUCCACAACCAGGAAACAGAGGGUGAUAAACACAAGCUGUUGCUCAGCUUCCUUUCUCUAUAUAUGCAGUCCAGGGAAUGAUGCCGCCCACAGUGGACCAGUUGUUCUACGUCUACUAACAUAAGAUAAUCUCUUGAAUACUUGUCUAGAGGCCCAUCUCCUAAGUGAUUAUAAAUUCUGUCAAGUUGACAGUUAACUCUAGCUAUCACAGUGAGUGUCCUGUUGCCUUAACAGAACCCUUGAGACAGAGAAACUUAUAAAGAAAAAAGGCCUUUAGAUCACAGUUCUUGACAGAGUAGCUAUGUCAGCUUGACUUCGGAUAAGAAUCUUCUGUUGCUCCAUGCAUGCUGGGAAAUUCGACGGGAGUGCAGUGCAAAAAAGAGGAAGAUAAAAGGGGCCAGACUGCUUUCUUGAAAACUAAUUCACUCUUGUAGGAAACACAACAGUUAGUCACUUAUAAGGACAUGGGAGAGGCAGAGGGAGGAAGAGCUCUGUGAGUUUGAGACUAACCUGGUCUACACAUUAAGUUCCAGGAGAGGGGAAAAGAAAUAGAGAAGUAAUAAUAUAAUGGGCAGAAAUUAAUAGAUUUACAACAGGGCUAGUGAAAAAUAGCCCAGUGUAUGGAACAUCUAAACUAUGUAUAGUUCUAACUGACCUGCUCAUCUCUGUUUGCUUGUUUGGUUUGGUUUUUUAAAUUACUUAUUUAUUUUAUGUAUAUAGUACAUAGUAGCUGUCUUCAGACACACCAGAAGAGGGUGUCAGAUCUCAUUACAGAUGAUUGUGAGCCACCGUGUGGUUUCUGGGAUUUGAACUUAGGACCUCUGGAAGAGCAGUCAGUGCUCUUAACCACUGAGCCAUCUCUCCAGCCUGUUUGUUUUGUUUUGUUUUGUUUUUUGAGACAGAGUUUCUUUGUGUGAAGCUAUGGAUGUCCUGAAACUCACUAUGUAGCCCAGGUUGGCCUUGAACUCACAGUGAUAUGCCAGCUUCUGCCUCCUAAGUCCUCGGACGGACUGAAGACAAGUGCUAGCACUGUUGACAUUUUAUGUUUGUCCUGGGGGAGUUCAGUCACAGUGGGACUAGAAUUUUGAAAUCUUCUUUUUCUUUUCCUUUUUCCACACAGGGUCUAUGUAGCUCUGGCUGUCUUGGAACUCAUGUAGACCAGGCUAGCCUCCAACUUAAAGAGAUCCUCCUGCCUCUGCCUCCUGAGUUCUGGGAUUAAAGAUAUGCACCUUUAAUGGAGGCCAAAGAGGAUACCGGGUUCCCUGGAAAUGGAAUCACGGACAGUUUAGAGCCACAGUGUGACACUGUGGUUGAGGAUUGAACCCAGAUCCUCUGCAAGAACAGCCAGGGCUCUUAACCAAUGAGCCAUCUCUUCAGCCCCUUAAAGGAGAUUUUUUUUCAGGAAAAAAAAAUCACAGCAUACAUGGCCCUUAUUUUUGUGAAGGCUGAUGUUGUGUAGUGUCCCCCUCUCCUCCCAACUACAGCAAUGGAAGAACAAGAAGAGAACUUGGCUUCCUUCUGGGUGGAGACUUAAUUCACACGAUAGCAAGAAGCUAAUGAAUCAAAGGUGCGACUCGGGGGUGUCUCUUGGGCUCCCUGCCUUGGGGAAAGUGGUCAUGAGAAGAAUUUACUCAGCUGGAUGAAUUCCCAUGAAGGAUUGGGUGAGGAUUCCAAAAUUCCCCCUAAGAUAGGAACCCCAGCUAACAAUAUGCAGUUGUCCAAACACUGGAUGAGGCUGUCCUGGCUACCACCCCAACGCACACAAGUGUUUUAUAAGUUAGUUGUAGAGCACAGUAGCAAACGGUCACAGCUCUGUUUCAUGGCUUGGAAGACAGGGCAGAAAUGCAGUGGUUUUAGGUGAGAAGUCCAGCAGGGCAAGAUGGAAGAGGGAAGGGGUAUCAAGGUCAUGUUCAUGGCCAAUUUCCUGGCUCUAUUCUGGUGUGUGUUGGUAGGAUUGGAAAGUUCUUUGACUCAGUUGUUUGGCAUGUUCUGGUGAUAGACCAGAAAGCAAUGGUUAUAUGUCCUCGGGAAUCGCCAUGACAAUUGGGAGAUUUCUGAGGAGGCAUGGGAGGGUAGACAGGAGUGUGGCAUAGAUGGCCUGGUUGUGGCUGAUACCUCAGUCAGCCUGCAUUGCUUUCUGAAUUCUGCCUUUGAUCCUCAGCAGUUGUGAGUGCUUACCAUGGGCAAAGGCUGACAAGGGCGAACACUAGAGGAUGGUGAUUUACGGUAGCGGAUCCUGCAGACCAUGUCAGUGCCCUCACAGGGUUUGCCUUCACAUGGGCGAGAAAGGAACGAAACACAAACUAUUUCUAGGGUUCCCGUGCUUAACUAAAAACAAACAACAAAAACCUAAGAUGACCAUUUCGAUCUGAAUUACGAAUCAACAGUAAGUGAUUUCUCAGGAUCAGUAUGUUCAGUUUGAGACAAGGUCUCCUGUCGUUCUGCUGGCCUUAAAGGACUGUGCAGCCAAGGAUAACCUUGAACUCCUGGUCCUCCUGCCUUUACCUGCCUUCAUAGGGAUAGGCUACCACACUCAGGUUAUGUGGUGCUGGAAAUUGAACCAGGAGCUUUGGACAUGCUAAGCAAACACUGUACAAACUGAGUUACAUCCAGCUCUUGAGUGCUCGGAUAAAUGUAUAUAUGUCACCAAGCCCAGCCUCUUGUUCUGUCUGGCUUUGUUGUGCAAUGCUUGGCCCCUGAACCUCUUCUCAUUCUCAACCCACAUUUAAUAUAUAAAUGUUGGUUGCUUAGGGGAUAUUCGAUGAAGGACAGUUGGGCGAAAAGUGUAUGACUGUUAAGGAGUCACUAUGAAAACUCAAGGAGAUUUCUGGAUAUAGUGGCCUUUAGUCCUAGCACUCAGGAGGCGGAAGUAGGCAGAUCUCUGUGAGUUCAAGGCUAGCCUGACCUACUGACCGGGGCUCAAACAAAAACAAACAAAACUCAGAUGGGGAAAAUGGUUUAAGACACAUUGACUAGAGGCUAGGUGUGGUGACACCUUUAAUCCCAGCAUUUGGGAGGCAGGCAGAGGGAGGUGGUAUCUCUGAGUUCAAGGCUAGCCUGGUCUACAGCAUGAGUUCCAGGACUACACAGAGAAACCCUGUCUUGAAAAACAAACCAACAAACCCGACAUUGACUUGGUGGGGAACAGGGCAAAGGCGUUAAAGAAGCUCCAAGAAGGAGUGUGCUGUCCCCUUGAGUGUAGAGGGCGUUGGAAGAGAUGGGAAGAACAGUGUGUGGAUGACCUUGAUGAUGGGUGGUGAUGGACCUCCUGCCUGGGGUGGGGGAGGAGGGGCUGGGGGGGUGGGCACACAUGUUCCUUGGUACCUUAACAGUUCAGAAUUAGAACAGAGUUCAGAUCUAAAUAUUCAGAUUUGGGAGUCAUCUGAUUGAAUCCGAAGCCAAGAGCAAAGGCGUUCCUUUAAGAAGUACAGAUUUAGGAAUGAAGAGAGCCAAAGAUAGAACCUUGAGCAAGAUUUGUAGUUCCGAGAGGAAUGCAGGAAAGGAGCCAAGCCCGGGCAGGAAUAACUUCCCGGAGGGAGGGAAUAUGCCAUAGAGGCUGUGAAAGAGGAGAUGUGAGGGGGCUUCUUCGGGCAUGCAGUAUCUCCCAGAUAACAGAGUUAUGCCAUUUUAUCAAGGAAGGAGGCUACCGACAGCCAGCAGGUUACCUCAGGGGCCAUGGGUCUGGGCUGUAUUCCUUUUUAUUAAAAUUUUAAAAAAGGUUUUAAUCAUGUGUAGAUGUGUGUAUGCCUGUGUGAGUUUGUUCACAUGAGUGUGGAGGCCAUGGAGGCAGGAAGGACGGUGUUGGAUCUCCUAGAGCUGGAGUUGCAGGUGGUGAUAGGUGCUUAAAAGGAGACGCAGUACACGCUCUUGACCUCCGAGCAGUCUCAUCAGCACCGUGUUCCUCUGAACUUAAUUUCUAUGUAGAACAUAGGCACAGGAAGGGCAAGUUUAUAAGGGUAGACAGGUGGGCAGCAACAGCCAGGGCUUUAUGAGUAUUUCCUCUGCCAAUCUUCCCAGGAUUCUACCUGGUACGGGAUAGGAGUAUUUAAGGUAGGGUGGUGAGGACGCCCUAUGCAGGUUCUUUUUCCAAUAGGUUGUAGUUGAGUCCAGUAUAGGGCAAGCAUACUCAGAGGUGAGAAGCUGGGCUUGAGGCCUCAUGUCUGUAAUCCCAACACUUGGGAGGCCGAGGCAGAAGGAGCGGUAUGAAUUCAAGGACUCUGUUUCAUAAAACAAAAAUAAACAGCUGGGGGAGUGUAGCUCACGCAGUAGGCAGAAUACUUUCCUAGCAUGCACGAUACCCAGGGUUUGAUCCAAGUGCUGUACAAAACCAGGUGUGGUGAGCAACCACACCUAUGAUCUAGCACUCUGGGGGAGGGGCAGAGGUAGUAACUCUACGACAUAAUGCGUGCCAGGCCAGACUGGCCUACUUGAGACUCUUUCUUAAGAAAGGAGAAGAGGAGGAAGAAGAAGAAAGGGAAGGAGGCGGAAGAGGAAGAGGGCGGAAGAGGAUAACCUGGAAGUCCUUCACACACAGUGAAACCUAGGCUCUUCCGCUGUUCAGAGGCUGUUUGAAUGGCUUGUCAGUUACUUUUCCUGGUGCUGGGAUGGACUGGUUGAUAAAAAGCAGCUAAAGAAAACGAAUGACUCUCAGCUGGCUGUCUUCUCACUUUGUCCCACCCUCGGCCCACAAAAUGCCAUGCUCACACUUAGUGAGUCCUCUUUAGAGACACCCUCACAGAUCUAUCAACCAAGACACACACGUGUCUUACCAGUUCCACACCACCCCCACCCCCACUCUGCCCCUGUUUCUAUCCUUUUUGGGGAGCAAGGGCAGAGCUUUAUGAAGUCCAGGCUGGCUUCAAACUCACUGUAUAGCUGGGGAUUCCACCACCUGCUUCUUCCUCCCAAAUGCAGGGAUUACAGACGGCCGCCCUUCCUAGUGAGUCUAAGUGAAUCUAAGUCAAAUUAACAAUGAAGAUUAACCAUCAGAUGAGGCUGCGAUCGGUCGUCUGGGCAUUGUAGGAGAGAAGUUAAAGGUUGGGUUUAUUAGGGUAAGUUGACCCAUCUUAACUGUGUGUGGUGCCGUUGCAAGGGGUCGGUCCUGGGGGCAUAAAAAAGAGAAAGUGAGCGGAGUACCAGCUACUCUCUGCCUCCUGCCUCAGGUUCUGCUGCUGUGCUUUCUCCACCAUGACAGACUGUGCACUCACACUAAGCCAAGAUACCCCCAACCCCAACACCUUUGCUGUAGAAAAGAGAUUUUAGAGCCUCACUGGAAGUGCCGUGAUCCUUAGAUAUAACUGCAAUCUGAUGACACCUUGGUGGUAAGACUGCACACAGGGUUGAGACUUGUCUUUUACUGAAUGUAAACAGUGUUUCUUGUGAGAGGCCUAGAGAACUGCAGGUUUACCGUUAGGAGAGGAGAAAAUGGUUUUACACAUGGUUUAUCACUGUGUUAACAGAACAGGCCCUCACUGGCUCACCUAUAAUUCACUCUGUAGAACAGAGUAACUUCAGACUCAGAGAUCUGCCUGCCCUCGUCUCCUGAGUGAUGGGAUGAAGGGUGUGGGCUACUUCUCCUGGCCCUUAUGUGUUUUUGAGAUAAAGUUUCUUCUUGCACCUGACAAGCCUAUCAUUUGGCUGGACUGACUGACCACAGAGCCUGAGACCCCCCUGUACCCCAUUCCAGCUGCCUUGAGGGUACAGAUGUAGGCCCACAGAACCCAGCUUUUCUCUGCGCGUUGGAAACCAAGUCUGGUCCCUCUUGUUUGUGUGGCCGAUGAGUACAGACUGAGCUGUUUCCCCUACUCCUUAUUACUACGAUUUCUAAUGUCACCCCAGCUCACAGUUGGACACCGCAGUGGGGGGAGCACCCCAAAACAAAAACAAAACGGUCCAGAAAUAGCCAAUGUUUCCUUAGAGGAAUAUAGUUCUUGGUCUUCUGUCUAAGAAGGACCUCAAAAUAGACUUCAAAUAUUUAUCUAAAGUUUAGCAGAAAAUUCCAAAUUAUUUGAUCAUCUUUCAUCUUUAAAAUGCUUUCAGAGAAGGAGGAUGAAAACAAGACAACCUCUGUAGGUGUUAAUCUCAUGCUGCAGACGACUGCUGUAAAAUGUCAAGCUAAUUGUGAUUGUGUGGAGUUACUGGGAGUGGGUGUAUAUGUGGAGGGACCCAAUGUGACACAUAAAGUCAUCAUCUCUGUCCUUAAUCAGUUCUUGUCUCAUGAUGGCAGAGUCAUACAAAAUGUAUAUAUCAUGUAAAAAAGGCAAUCUAGUGGGUCUGGAGAGAUGGUUCAUCAGUUAAAAGCACUGGCUGUUCUUCCAGAGGACCCAGGAUUGAUAUUUAGCACUCACACGCUUCUUUUUUUUUUUUUUUUCAGAGCUGGGGACCGAACCCAGGGCCUUGCGCUUGCUAGGCAAGCGCUCUACCACUGAGCUAAAUCCCCAACCCGCACUCACACGCUUCUUAUAACCAUCUAUAACUCCAGUUUCAGGGGAUCUAACACCCGCUUUGGGCCUCCAGAGGCGCCAGACCCAUACAUGGUGCACAGACGUAACACAGACAAAACACACACAAAAUAAAAUUAAAGAAAAAAGAAAAGCAACUUAGAAGUGAGUGCACGUUAGGGACACUCCUGAGACAUACAUUUAGACCUAAGGAUACACAAGUAUUAUUUAGACAAAUGUGUUUGGAGAGGGCCAGAGACUCUUCCAGAAAGAGGAAAGGAUAUGUUUAGACUUGACAGCAAAUAGACUUACGUAGGUUACAUGAAAAAAACAAACACAAAAACAUUCACCAAGCCAGGCUCUUACAGCUUAGAGGAUGAGGAAAUGGAGACCCCAUAAAUGGGUUGAAUGAUAGAAGCCCUUCUAAGCCACGUUUAAAAUGUCUAGAAGACUGAGGAUAAGCAAAGGUCUGAGCAGAGGGAUGACAGGAUGGGGUCUUUAGGAGUCCUGGAGUAUCAAGUGGAGGGUGGUGUGGAAGCUGGCCAGAUUGGGGAAGACUUGGUAGUGGCCAUCUCUAAACUGAUCUGAGCCUAGAGGUUAAGGGGAGGACAUGGACCCGGAAGGUAGGCUUGAGAUCAGCUGGGUAAGUUAGGGGUGGGGUUUCUUACAGCAUUUGGUGAUGGUAUAGAUAAGUUCAAACAUUGAGCACUUUGAGUGAGAGCCGCUUCUCCGGAUGUACGCUGUGAGGGCCUCGAGCUACGUUUCGUGGAAAUAAAGAACCAAACAACCUCUCGAUCCCACUUGUGGGGCGGUGUUCAAGGCAGAAUUGGACAGUUCACCCCCAGUGUUGUCCACGGGGAAGGGCCUCAGUGGACAGUGCUCUGGAAGGAGAUGGCGCUUGGAAAGGAGUUAACUGGAGACAGAGAGCCAAGUCUUUAGCCUCUGUCAGACACACUUGGUCUCUGCUGGGAAUGCGUUAUACCCUCGGGCCAGGCAAUUCCUAAGGACUGUCAUUAAACAGAGACAGAGGCAAUUUGCAGCGAGGGACUCAGCAGUGAAUGACCAGAAGUGAGAAUUCCCAGAAUUCCCAGAAGUCUGCUAGAGAUGGCUCAGGGGCUAAACGUGCUUGCUGUGUCAGCUGUGUAGCCUAGUCGGAACCCUAGAGCCUACGUAAAAAAACUGGGCAUCGUGGUGUGUGUGUGUGUGUGUGUGUGUGUGUGUGUGUGUGUGUGUGUGUAAUGCCAGCACUCCUAGAGGGUGAUGGGAGGCUCUGACAGAGGAAUGGCCUAGAAGCUUUGAGAGCCAGCUAGCCUGGGGUACACACUACUGCAGCAGAAGUGAGAGACCCUGGCUCAGAAAGGUAGGUAGAAGGGGGAGAAACACACUCCUGAAGGUUGUCCUUUGACCUCUACACAUGUGCCAUGCGCACUCAUGCCUCCUCCUCCUCACACUUUCUCAGUAGCUAAAGGGUAGAGGCGUACACUCUGAAGAGAGCAACAAAGCCCUUCAGCAUCCGGCUAUUGGCAAAAUUGGUUUUAACUGGGGACACAUUUGCUUCUAGCUGCCUGAGUAUUUAUUUACUCAGUUCAUGUCAGCUCAUGUCAUGAGAUGUGCAGACACUGUGAUCUCUGCAGAUGUUGUGGAUGGAAGGAGUGGGCAGGAUGGUUAAAAUGAAGAUACAAUGUGGUACCAAAGGAUGGUCCUCACUGCAGGACGCUCACCCAUAGAUUCCCUCCAGACCGGAGAGAACAAAGACUCCAAGGCUUGAGCCCUGGGAAGCCUGGCAAAGGCUUUUUACUGUGGCGGUGGUAGAGAGUGUGUGUGUGUGUGUGUGUGUGUGUGUGUGUGUGAUAUCAGAUUUCUGCUCUUUUCUUAGAUUCUUUUCCAGCUUUUUCUCUCUCUCCUCCUAGACUCAAUAGCUGGCAACAAUAUGGGUUCUUGUUAAGGGAGUCAAAUGCAAAGGGCCAGAGAAACGUUUACAGUUCUCAACAGAGCUUUCUGUCACUGUUUCUUGUUAAGGGAGUCAAAUGCAAAGGGCCAGAGAAACGUUUACAGUUCUCAACAGAGCUUUCUGUCACCGUUUCUGAAGAGAAUUCUUAACUUUCUCUCAAACCCCAUAUGUCUGGCUCUCUGAUUCUUCAAGGUCCAGCUCCUAGACGUCUCCGUCCCCUUUGUCAUCCCUUGAGUAAGGCCAGCGUCCUAUUAUUUAUUUACCAGACAGGCAGAGUUAAGAAUUAAUGGAGUUGGGGCUGGGGAUUUAGCUCAGUGGUAGAGCGCUUACCUAGGAAGCGCAAGGCCCUGGGUUCGGUCCCCAGCUCCGAAAAAAAAGAACCAAAAAAAAAAAAAAAAAAAAAAAGAAUUAAUGGAGUCACUCCUCAGGGCUAGGAAGCCAUUUAAACUCCUAGGAGCUCUCUAGGCACUGCCCAUUGGGCACCCUCUUUCACCCUGCCCCUCUUUCGGGUCCUCUAGUAAAAAAAAAAAAAAAAAAAAAAAAAAAAAAAAAGGCCUUUGCAGGGUCUGAACUGAAGCUCUGGAAAGGGAAGGUGUUCCCAGGGAAAGUCUGAGAUCUGUUUGUCAGUGCAGUUCUGGCUGGUAAUGAAACACUGGUAAUAACUUCAUUUCGGGGUGUGUUUUUGAAAAUAUAUAUAAAAAGAAAAUCCCCAUUUUAUCACGUUUGCUGUUCUUAAAAGGAAAGGAUUUCCAUCCUUCUCAUGUGACCACCUCUGCUACGAAUCUUUAAAUUACUAUUCUAGGGUCAAAUAUUGUAACAAUUCCUUAUAAAAACAUGCUAACAAAUGUUACACGUUAAAGUUUGUACAAACUAUACAAACCUAGGCCUAUCUUGGUUUUGAGCUUUUUUUAAAAAAAAAAGUGCAGCUCGGAACCUUCAGCUGCAAUUGAGGAGUUUGUCUGCAAGGCCUUUGAUUGUGAGAUAAAGAAAGGGCUUUUCUCCACGCCCUUCUCCCUGCAGGAACACACCUUUUGUGUGCUCUGCCUAACAAAGGAAUUUCCCAAUUUCUGAGUGGAAGGAGGGAAAGUAGAGUGACUACAGGUUUUUACAGAUCUGGCUUCCAACCACAAAAGAUUAAAUAAAAACAAGAAAGCAAAACAAAACAAAAAAACUGGGGACAGUGUACCUGGGGACUCUCAGAAACACUGGAGGAAACACCAAGACAUUUGGUGUUGAGCAACUGAAAACAGCAGUAACAAAAUCCCAAAGGGACUGGGAUUCCUUUAGUUUCUGUUUGGCAUGGGAAGGGUAUGUUUUCUUUGUCUCGCUCUUAUCUACUGGACUCAGAUAAUAGGUUUACUUCAUUCUUGCAGUCACAUGACUAUUUUAUUGUUGCUCCGAGCAGAAUGGUAUACAAGUUAGCCUUAUACAGUUUAUUGGAAUCCACCUUUUUGUACCGCUUGUUUUGGUAAAGGGGUCGUGCUCCCAACCCCCAACUGUGGAAUUCAAUGAUUUUGCAAAAUGGGUUCAAAUGGGUGCUUUGUUUUUAACUAUCGGUUUAUCUGGCUGAGAGGUUUCUCUGAAACCCUCAUUGUAAAAAAGAGAAAGGAGAGAGUUUGCUAGAAAUUGUUACCUUUUACUCUUUUGGCUGUUUGUAGUUUAAAAGCAGAUGCAAUGUUAGCUCCUGUCUUUUGUGCCAAAUGAUGAGUGUGGGCUGUGAAACCAAAUCCCCCCCCCCCCCCCCCCCCCCCCCCCCCCCGCCAAGGCUUGACCACAACACUAGGCUUUGACAGAGCCUGGUUCACAAAGCCUUUGGCUUUACAAAUCCACGGGGCAUUUGCACAGCUGGAUUCCUAGGACAAGCGAGUUGGACUUCGGUUUAGGGGGUACAACUCUUGUAACAAUUUAAAUACCGCUUCCCGAAGCUUUCAGAGGUUUGGUGGGGGUGGGGGAGGGGCAAGAGAGCAGUUUAAACAUUUAAGAUUUCAAACCAACUCACGACCUUCCUAUGGUCUCUGCAUGACCAAAUUCCAUAUACCGCAACAGGGAGUUAGCCUAUCAGGACCUCAGAUUAGCAGGUCCUGCCUGUAUUCUCUUCAGUGCACAUAAUUUUUUUUUUUACAUGCAUAUUAACAUUGGCCUACCUUCAGAUGAAGGAAAAGGCUUCCUUUCACAUGAAAUCAAGCCCAAGUAAGGUUGAAACUCAACACACGGUGUGUUGGGUGGCAUUGUUCUCUGGCUCCAAGAAGAUGAGAGUUUCAGUUUCAUCAUUCUGUAACACUGACAGACUGUGAUUGGCAGAAUCAGCAGACUGACUAGGUCUUCCUAACCCUGUGCAGGUUGGCGUUGGGACUUUGGCGCAUCGUGGUAUAAUCGCAGGUUGAAAUGAAAGAACUCUCUCUCUCUCGUGUGAGGCAGUUUAAGUCGUUUGCAUGAAAAGAAUCGUAAAGAGCAAAAGAUCUUUUUGCGUUGUAUAUCCUACGGUGCCCUAUCGCAGACAACAAUGGCUUCCUUCACGGAAGUUAAUGCAAGAGAACACUGAGAUUUAACAGGAAAACGUCUCUGUACUUUCUGCAGACAUUCACCAGUCUGAUCUAAAAUAAAACACACGAACACUUCUGCUGGGAUUCUUCACUGCUACUCCAGUGGUUGUAUUGUCUUCCGAGCACAAGCAAAGAGGAGGGAGGGAGCCUUUUUAGGAGGUAAUGGUGGAAGGUUUUUUUUCAUACCCUCCAUUUUGUCCUACUUCCCGUCAGCACAAUUAGCUCGACAUGGUGGUUUCUCUUGUUCUUAAAACAACAGCAGCAAAACCCAACCCCCUUCAGUAGUUUGCUCGACUGUGCACAAUAUGGGUACUAGGACAUAGGGCUGGAAAACAGCACCCUUCAUCUGGCACAGAAAGGCGGUGUCUCCCUCUCAGAUAGGUUCCGAUUAUCUCCCUUCUUGGCCUUUGGCUGGGUUUCUGUAUGUAUCUUUUUGCCUGUGUUCUCUUAGCCAUGACCACCUGCUGUAUGUACAACGUGUGCCUGUUACAUUUGUGCACUAUCUCCCUUAUAGAACGUAAAGACCCAGCUAUUACAUCGUGUUUACUCAAUAUCAUUCCCCCAGUUUAAAAAAAAAAAAAACAACACCCUACAUGAACCGAACACGCCAUGCUUCAAUCUGGCCCUAGUGGCUUUUUCUCUGAAAGCAAAACGUGUGUCUUUUACACCAGGGCUUUCUCCCCACCCCAGGGGUGUCUUCCAUUCUUUUGUGGCUCAGUUUAAGGCGAAAAGGGCUCCAAACCACUAACUAACAGAAGGGAGCCCUUUCUUCCACCUCCUGGGAGAAUCUCAGAUUGAAUUUAUCUGAUGAUAGCGUGCUCUCUUCUUACUUAUUGCCACCAUUACGAGGAGGACAGCACAACCACCACCUUGGCUUCAAGAUCCUGGGUAGAGAGGCUCACGGGCAUUUUUUUCAACCAUCUUUGGCGAGGCCUUGCUUUCUUCCACUCCAAACAUCUGAUCAAAUUCAUGACCAUGGGGGAUAUGAAGACCCCAGACUUUGAUGACCUCUUGGCAGCGUUUGACAUACCAGAUAUGGUUGAUCCUAAAGCAGCCAUUGAGUCUGGGCACGAUGACCACGAAAGCCACAUUAAGCAGAAUGCUCACGUGGAUGACGACUCUCACACACCAUCAUCCUCAGAUGUUGGCGUUAGUGUGAUUGUGAAGAAUGUUCGCAACAUCGACUCCUCUGAGGGAGUGGAAAAAGAUGGCCACAAUCCCACAGGCAAUGGCUUGCAUAACGGGUUUCUCACGGCCUCCUCUCUUGACAGCUAUGGUAAGGAUGGAGCCAAGUCCUUAAAAGGAGACACACCUGCCUCAGAGGUGACUCUUAAAGACCCAGCGUUCAGCCAGUUCAGCCCCAUCUCCAGCGCCGAGGAGUUUGAGGAUGAUGAGAAAAUAGAGGUGGAUGACCCACCUGAUAAGGAGGAGACGAGGGCCAAUUUCAGAUCAAAUGUGCUGACGGGCUCCGCUCCCCAGCAGGACUUCGACAAACUGAAGGCACUUGGAGGGGAAAACACAAGCAAGACUGGAGUCUCUGCAUCAGGUCAUGCAGAUAAAAACAAAGUCAAGAGAGAAGCAGAAAGCAAUUCCAUAACCCUGAGUGUCUAUGAGCCGUUUAAGGUCAGAAAAGCAGAGGAUAAGUUGAAGGAGAACUCUGAGAAGAUGCUUGAAAGCAGGGUCCUGGAUGGGAAGCCGAGCUCCGAGAAGAACGACCCUGCCAUUGCUGCUGCCACAUCUUCCAAAACAAAGUCGUCCUCCAAGCUCUCGUCGUGCAUAGCCGCCAUUGCGGCUCUGAGUGCGAAAAAGGCUGCAUCUGACUCCUGCAAAGAGCCUGUGGCCAAUUCCAGGGAAGCAUCUCCACUACCAAAAGAAGUGAAUGACAGUCCCAAAGCCGCUGACAAGUCUCCGGAAUCCCAGAAUCUCAUCGAUGGCACCAAGAAGGCCUCUCUGAAGCCGUCAGAUAGUCCCAGGAGCGUAUCCAGUGAGAACAGCAGCAAAGGGUCCCCAUCCUCUCCUGUGGGGUCUACCCCAGCUAUCCCCAAAGUCCGCAUCAAGACCAUCAAGACAUCAUCUGGGGAGAUCAAGAGGACAGUGACCAGAGUACUGCCAGAAGUGGAUCUGGACUCUGGGAAGAAGCCUUCUGAGCAGGCAGCGUCCGUGAUGGCGUCUGUGACGUCACUUCUGUCAUCUUCAGCAUCAGCUGCGGUCCUCUCCUCACCCCCCAGGGCACCUCUGCCGACAGCCAUGGUUACCAGUGCGGUUUCCUCUGCAGAGCUGACUCCCAAACAGGUAACCAUCAAGCCCGUGGCUACAGCUUUUCUUCCUGUGUCUGCCGUCAAGACAGCAGGGUCUCAAGUCAUCAACCUGAAGCUGGCUAACAACACAACGGUGAAAGCCACGGUCAUCUCGGCUGCCUCUGUUCAGAGCGCCAGCAGUGCCAUCAUCAAAGCUGCCAAUGCCAUCCAGCAGCAAACCGUUGUGGUGCCGGCCUCCAGUCUGGCCAAUGCCAAACUCGUGCCAAAGACUGUGCACCUUGCCAACCUUAACCUCCUGCCUCAGGGUGCCCAGGCCACCUCUGAACUCCGCCAAGUGCUCACCAAACCUCAGCAGCAAAUAAAGCAGGCAAUACUCAAUGCCGCGGCCGCGCAGCCACCCAAGAAGGUGUCCCGGGUCCAGGUGGUGUCCUCCUUGCAGAGUUCUGUGGUGGAAGCUUUCAACAAGGUGCUGAGCAGCGUCAACCCAGUCCCUGUUUACAUCCCGAACCUCAGUCCUCCCGCCAGUGCCGGGAUCACGUUACCGAUGCGCGGGUACAAGUGCUUGGAGUGCGGGGACUCCUUCGCCCUGGAAAAGAGCCUGAGCCAGCACUACGACAGGCGCAGCGUGCGCAUCGAAGUGACGUGCAACCACUGUACGAAGAACCUUGUUUUUUACAACAAGUGCAGCCUCCUUUCCCACGCCCGAGGGCAUAAGGAGAAAGGCGUGGUGAUGCAGUGCUCCCACUUAAUCCUAAAACCAGUCCCAGCAGACCAGAUGAUAGUGUCUCCGUCCAGCAAUACUGCUGCUUCCACUCUGCCGAGCUCGGUGGGAGCUGCCACACACACUGUCGCCAAAGUACAGCCUGGCCUAACCGGGGCGGUUAUCUCAGCUCCUCCAAGCACACCCAUCAGCCCAGCCAUGCCCCUAGACGAAGACCCCUCCAAGCUCUGUAGACACAGUCUCAAGUGUUUGGAGUGCAAUGAAGUCUUCCAGGAUGAGACGUCCCUGGCCACACAUUUCCAGCAUGCCGCAGACACAUGUGGACAAAAGACUUGCACUGUCUGCCAGAUGCUGCUUCCUAACCAGUGCAGCUAUGCCUCACACCAGAGAAUCCAUCAGCACAAAUCUCCCUACACCUGCCCCGAGUGCGGGGCCAUCUGCAGGUCGGUGCACUUCCAGAGCCACGUCACCAAGAACUGCCUGCACUACACACGGAGAGUUGGCUUUCGAUGUGUACAUUGCAAUGUUGUGUACUCUGAUGUGGCCGCACUGAAGUCUCACAUUCAAGGCUCUCACUGUGAAGUCUUCUACAAGUGCCCUAUCUGUCCAAUGGCGUUUAAGUCUGCCCCAAGUACACAUUCCCACGCCUACACGCAGCAUCCUGGCGUCAAGAUAGGAGAACCAAAAAUAAUCUAUAAGUGUUCCAUGUGCGACACUGUGUUCACCCUGCAAACCUUGCUGUAUCGCCACUUUGACCAGCACAUUGACAACCAGAAGGUGUCUGUUUUCAAGUGUCCAGACUGUUCUCUUUUAUAUGCCCAGAAGCAACUUAUGAUGGACCAUAUCAAGUCUAUGCAUGGAACAUUGAAAAGUAUUGAAGGGCCUCCAAACUUGGGUAUAAACUUGCCUUUGAGCAGUAAGCCUGCAACUCAGAAUUCAGCAAACCACAGCAGAGAGGAUGCCAAGUCCAUGAAUGGGAAAGAGAAAUUGGAAAAGAAGUCUCCAUCUCCUGCAAAGAAAUCCACAGAAUCUAAGAAGAUGGCCAGUCUCGGGUGGACGUGUUGGGAGUGUGACCGUCUGUUCACACAGAGGGAUGUGUAUCUGUCUCACAUGAGGAAGGAGCAUGGGAAGCAAAUGAAGAAGCACCCCUGCCGCCAGUGUGACAAGUCUUUCAGCUCCUCCCACAGCCUGUGCCGCCACAAUCGCAUCAAGCACAAAGGCAUCAGGAAGGUUUACGCCUGCUCGCACUGCCCAGACUCCCGUCGGACCUUCACCAAGCGGCUGAUGCUGGAGAAGCACAUACAGCUGAUGCACGGGAUCAAAGACCCUGACGUAAAGGAGCUGAGUGACGAGGUUACCAACGAGGAGGAAGUGGAGAUAAAGGAGGACGCCAAGGUUCCCAGUCCUAAGCGGAAGUUGGAGGAGCCAGUUUUAGAGUUCAGGCCUCCCCGAGGAGCCAUCACUCAGCCACUGAAGAAACUGAAAAUCAAUGUCUUUAAGGUCCACAAGUGCGCCGUGUGUGGCUUCACCACUGAGAACCUGCUGCAGUUCCACGAACACAUCCCCCAGCACAAGUCGGACGGCUCCUCCUACCAGUGCCGGGAGUGCGGCCUGUGCUACACGUCCCACGUCUCCCUGUCCAGGCACCUCUUCAUCGUGCACAAGCUGAAGGAGCCUCAGCCUGUGUCCAAGCAGAACGGGGCUGGGGAAGACAGCCAGCAGGAGAACAAGCCCAGCCCGGAGGAUGAGGCCGCCGAGGGGGCAGUGUCAGACAGGAAGUGCAAAGUGUGCGCCAAAACUUUCGAAACGGAAGCUGCCUUAAACACACACAUGAGGACACACGGCAUGGCCUUCAUCAAGUCCAAAAGAAUGAGUUCAGCUGAAAAAUAGCCACAGAACUUCCAUAAGAACAAUCCCUGUCCACAUAGGAAUUGAACGUUUUUGUUACCAAAAGUUUGCAGUAUAACAGAGUUACCAGUUCUGUCUAGGCUGUGGCAAUAGACUCUUUGUCCUGCCCUCUCACCUCAGAUGUAUCCCUUCCCAUAAGUGUUAAGGCAGUAUUUGAGUUUUAAAGAGUUUGUAUAUAUUUAAAUAACAUUUUAUACUCUUUGUUACAUGUUUGUAUCAGUAUUUGGUGGAAAAUGUUUUGAGGGUUUUUUUUGUGUGUGUAUGUUAGGAUUCUCUUUUUUUGUACUGUUUCUUUAAAACAGAGUUCUUAGGGGAAGUUCCUGAAUUCAAACCAACCAUUUUGUAUGUUGAGAAUUUGAAUGAGUUCAGUAAUUACAGGCUAUCAUGCCUUUUUUAGUGUUUUUAAUUUUUAGAACUCGCCACAUAAAUUAUAGGUGAUUGUGGGUCACACAACACUAGCAACUUUUAAGUGUCUUAGCACCACACUCAGCGUGCCUGCUCCUAGCAACCGAGGGCUCCAAGGACAGCAUCACCCAGUUAAGGGCGUGGCCUGAGCCAUCCCAGACAGUGUGGGAAGCAGCCUUACAGGUCCCUCCUUUGCCAUAGUAGGUAAAAGAGGCCAGGAAUCCAGUAGGGAGUGCGGUCGUCCUUAAUCCCAACUGGAAGAAUGAGGAAGAAGGGAUCCAUAAAGGGGAGACAGUGGAGCUGGGUGAAUUCGCAAGGUGACUUACAGGGCACAAGGAGACAGGCUAGGGAAAGGCCAGCCUGUGGUCAAAGUUGAAAGUCAUAGUUAGACCUGUCGCUCUCUCUGUCAGGUUUUGUCAUGGAACUCACCAACCUUUCUAGAGACACACACUACAAGAGUACCAAGUAUUUCUCUGGCUCUUGAUAGGAACAGAAAGGCACGGUUGACUUAACCCUUUGCUGUCUACACAGUUGGUAUUUCCUGUUCCGGGUGCUACUGCCAAAUGUUCGGGUACUUAGUGUCGGGAUGCACAGCCUCACCACCGACCUAGCACUGCAGCAGCCUGUACUCUGCAACUGGCCUGAGGAGCCACCAGGCUUCUAGAGUCGUUUCAGCACCCUCUCAAGGCCGCCUGACUGGAGCACCGCUGAGGUGCUCUUCGUCACAUCCCUGCCUAGUUCUCUGAGAAAACUAUAUAUUUUGGUUAUUGUUUUGUGUUUUUCGUUGCAUUUUGUAUCUUGUAUUUAUCUCCCGAUAUGUUUUGUACUUUUGUUUUCCUAAACGAGGAAAUUCAUUUGUGUACAUAAAUACUUGCAUGCUAAACUGUAGUCCACGUUCAGUUCCCUGAAAGGUCUUGCUGCUGUUGGUGCGCACCCUACACCAUCGUGACUGUAUUCAGCCCAUUUCACAUGUAAAUAAAACGAGGAACAUCUGGCCCUUGAGCUUCUUCAAGAGAGUCAUUGGUGGGUCUCUGACAUCAUACAGUUCGGGGAGUGACUCUUUUGGGGACAGGCUGCAGAAUACUGCAGAAUUCUUUCCACUCUGAAGAAUGGCUUCUCGUUCUCAUCGGCGACCAGCUCACUACCCUGCCGCUUUCUGUCGACUGUGUCGACACAAUCCAAGGGUGCGAGAUGUUCCUCAGCUUGAAAUGUAAUUGCUGUUACGUGUUACAUCCGCACCGCUCCCGCCCCCACUCGUGGUCAUGGCACUUUCACACGUUCCUGCAUUUGAACCUUGCAAUAAGCCUGCGUGGCGGCCACGCGGGUCUGUACAGCUUACAGCUGAGGAAGCUGCGCUCAGGUUCAGCUCUUCGCCCGACCCCUCAUAGCUGGUAAGUGGCUUUGCAUAUUAGAACCCAAAUAUUUCGCUCUCAGUCUAGUAUUCUCGCUCUUUGUGGCUAUGUACAUAUUGACAGAUACUCAUUUAUUCAACAAAUAAAGUUAUGUGCAAAAA